CCCCUUACCCAAGCUCUCAAACUUCUCCCUGGCGGUGCGGGCGUAGGCGUCUCGGUCGUGCAGGGCGUAGGGCACGAAGAGCACCCGCUUCACCUUCCCCCCGAGGAAGCUCUGGAUGUGCUGCUGGCAGUGGCCCAGGUACCCCCCUCCGUGCAGGGUGGAGUUGGAGACCAGCAGCAGGCGCCGCGGGCACCCCAUGCCUCGCCCCGGCUUCGGCUCGGCCCGGCCCGGCCCGCCCCUUCCUGCCCCGUGGUGGGGGCCGGGCCUCUCCCCCUGCCCCGGCCCGGCCAUGCUGGACUUCGCCAUCUUCGCCGUUACCUUCCUGCUCGUCCUGGUGGGCGCCGUGCUCUACCUCUACCCGGCAUCUAGGCAAGCAUCGGGUAUCCCCGGGCUAGCUCCGACUGACGAGAAGGACGGCAAUCUGUCAGAUAUCGUAGCUAGCAGAAGUCUGCACGAGUUCCUGGUGAACCUUCAUGAGAAAUAUGGCCCAGUGGUCUCUUUCUGGUUUGGAAGGCGCCUUGUUGUCAGCAUUGGCUCCAUUGAUCUCCUGAAACAACAUAUCAACCCCAACCGGAUAUCGAAUCCCUUCGAAGCAAUAUUGAAAUCCUUCCUGAGGUACCAGCCCAGCCUGAAUGGGGAUACAGGAGAGAGCCACCUGAGGAGAAAGCUGUAUGAAAAUGGUGUGACCAAGUCCCUUCAAAGUAACUUAGCUCUCAUCCAGAAGUUGUCAGAAGAGUUGCUAGCCAAAUGGCUCUCCCUGCCUGAGGCACAACACGUGCCACUCUGCCAACACAUGCUGGGCUUUGCCAUGAAGUCUGUUACGCAGACAGCUAUGGGCAGCAGCUUUGAAGAUGACCGGGAAGUCAUCCGAUUCCGCAGACACCAUGAUGCAAUCUGGUCAGAGAUUGGGAAAGGUUUCUUGGAUGGGUCCCUUGACAAAAACACAACUAGGAAGAAGCUGUAUGAAGAUGCUCUGAAGGAGAUGGAAUCUACCUUAAGGAAAGUCACAAAGGAACGCCGAGGCAGAUCAUUCAACAGGCACGUCUUUAUAGACACUUUGCUGCAGGGGAGCCUGAGUGACCAGCAGAUUCUGGAAGAUACAAUGAUUUUCUCCUUGGCAGGAUGCACAAUUACUGCGAACUUAUGCACCUGGGCAGUCUAUUUCCUGGCAACCUCUGAAGAUGUCCAGCAGAAUCUCUACAAGGAGGUGGACCAUGUUCUGGGGAAGGGACCGAUUACGCAUGAGAAAAUUGAGCAACUCAGAUACUGUCGGCAAGUCCUGUGUGAGACAGUGCGAACAGCAAAGCUUACUCCCAUUGCUGCACAGCUGCAGGAGCUGGAGGGCAGAGUUGACCAACAUACUAUCCCCAAAGAGACACUUGUACUUUAUGCUCUUGGUGUGAUGCUGCAGGAUAGUUCAUCUUGGCUGUCACCAUACAAAUUUGACCCAGAGAGAUUCAAUGAGGAAUCAGCCAUGAAAACCUUUCCUUGUUGGGUUUCUCAGGAAGCCAGGAGUGCCCAGAGUUGAGGUUUGCUUAUAUGGUGGCUACAGUUCUGCUCAGUGUCUAGUAAGGAAAACUGUACCUUCACCCAGUGAAAGGACAAGUCAUGGAGACCAAAUAUGAGCUGGUAACCCACACCGAAGGAGGAAGCCUGGAUUACGGUGUCUAAGAGAAGCUAAGAACAAGCAAAACAAGGGUCUGAAAGUACCAGUAGUGAAGUUCUGGGCAAGAGUCUUAAAAGGAAUUAUGCUGGCUAGCAUAAGGACACAGCCAGGGAAUUUACAUGCAGAUUUGUGUUACCUUUCCACGUUCUUAACCACAUACCUUGGGUACUUUUUCUAACUCAACGAAUAGUCAUAUUAAAGUAGAUUUAAUCUGUA